CCCCCCCCCCCGCAAGAGGGCAGGUCCUCCCAUUUGUCAUCAGUCAUCUCUUCCACAAGCAUGAUCCUCAUGACAUUUUUUUUUUUGAUCUGAAACCUGCGCUUGAAGUCGGAAGUGAUCCAUCGCGGCUCCAAAACUCGCACCGACGAUGGCAACGGCAACGGCAACGGCAACUGCAAGAAAGACGAUGGUGACCCCAAAAAAUCGUAGGCGAAGACUUUUAGAUUUGUUUUUGGGCCGAUGUUCACAUCUCUUUGAGGAACGCAUUUCCUUCAGCUUCCUUCCUCUGAAACGCGGAACCGCGUUUCUUGCUGAGAAUCGCCGGCCUUAUAGGCGUUUCCUGCAAUUUACCUACUCCUGCUGAAGACAAGGGCGUGAUGGAUCCGAUUCUAGCACAGGUGCAGAGACUUUGGGACUUGUGGGAUAUUCGGAUUCUGGUUCUCAUCAGUCUCAUUUUACAAUUCAUUCUUUCCAUUUUUGGCAACCGUAGAAAGUACAUAUCAUCAAUGUGGUUCAGUGUCCUCAUUUGGUUAGCCUAUUUGAUGGCGGAUUGGGUGGCAACUUAUGCCCUUGGCCAUCUUUCGAAAGCCCAAGUAAACAAUGACAAUGGAUUAUUGAGGGCAAUCUGGGCCCCCUUGCUUUUGCUACACCUCGGUGGUCCCGACACCAUCACUGCUUACUCUUUGGAAGAUAAUCAGUUGUGGUUGAGACACCUUUUGGGGCUGGGGGUUCAACUUUUCAUGGCAGUUUAUGUUAUUAUGAUGUCCUGGAAACAUUCCUGGUUCUCGUUUAUGUCAUUUCCGGCGUUGGUGGCUGGAAUCAUCAAGUAUGGGGAGAGAACGUGGAUUCUCAAGUCGGUGAGCGGUGAUAAAUCCGGAGACAUUGUACCCUAUGGUUAUCUUGGAGAUUAUAAUACGAUUGGUUAUCUUGGCGAUUAUAAUACAACGGAGGGUGAAUACAUGCGCGUUUUAUAUAUUGCCCAUAAAUUUCUCAAGGAAUUUAAGUCUUAUAUGGAGUAUUACAGCAUAAGUGAGAAUGGUUUCCCUUUGGCCCAGUUUCUAGAUCGUUACCGCGACAUUCAACUCUUCUGGAAUGCGUUGGAGGUCGAAAUGGGGCUCAUGUAUGAUCUGUUAUACACAAAGGCAGUCAUAAAUUAUAGCAAGGCCGGGUGGAUUCUGCGCAGCAUCAGCUUUACGUGCACAGUGAUUGUGUCGCUAGGAUUAUCCGUCCGGCUUAUUUUCAUGAGGGAAGAUCAUCAAGAGAAGUGGGACGUGGUUGAUAUUGCCAUCACAGGGGUACUACUAGGAGGAGCUCUCACGUUGGAGAUUUAUGCAGUCAUCGUGCUGUAUUUUUCCUUCGAUUGGACGAUGCUUUGGAUAGUGAAGGAGAACAAAAGCAGGUGGGCGACCCGGUUGAGGCAAAGAUUCCCGUGUCUUUUCCGCGAGAAAAAGUACUGGUCUAAAACGAUGGCGCAGUUCAAUCUGCUUGGUUUUUGCAUCAAAGAGAAGUAUGAUCAUCAAAAGCCGAUCAGAAGAAUGCUUGGAUCCGUGUUGGGGAACGAUUAUCAGGACAAGCUAAAUGGGUACCUACACAAGACUGUUGUCCAUGUCCAUCCACUUCUAAACAGGGAGAUGUUGGAUUAUUGUGACAAUUUAGGUGUCGUAUCCGAUAGGAUCGCAGUCAACGAAGAGGAUAGCAUUCGGGAGAGAUUUGCCAAAAGGCCUUUUCAAGAGCAAAUUAUUAUCGCGCACAUCAUGACAGAAGCGUGCUACUAUUUAGAAAGGGAAUCAGAUGUUGUUGCAGCAUUCGAGCCCCCUGGAUUUGAUGAUCCCUCGUCGUGGGAGAACAAUAGAGAAAUAAGCAAAACUCUGUCGCGCUACCUGAUGUAUCUACUCUUCAUGUGCCCUUCGCUGUUGCCCCUUGCUACACUGAGGGAGACUAGCGUUCGUGAUUACAUGCCUGAUAUCGGGGAUGCAAAGGAUGUAAGCGCGGCUUGUCGGUAUAUUCUUGAAAGAAGAACCUUUGAUGACAUUUGCGCAGGAGACUUGAGAAGGAUGCGGGAGGUGGAGAGAUGGAAAAUAUUGAAAUUGAUGUGGUUGAGGAUGCUGUGUUAUGCAGCAAGCAAGGGUAAGAAAAAUGAUCAUCUUCAGCAGCUGAGACAAGGAGGCGAGCUUCUCACUUUCGUUUGGUUCUUUCUCCCACAAUCUCGCGCACUUGGGCUAAACCCCGAGCGAAUGGGUCCCAGGUUAGAUAAGUGGGAAGUAGAUUCUUAAGAGAUUCAUCAAGCCACUACUAGAAAAUGAAUCAUUAGCGCGACUAUUUGGGCUAAAUUAGCUCAACCUUUGGCAAAAUAAUUGUGUGCGAGCGUGCCAAAAAAGAAUAGAAUUUAUUCUUUUCAGAUUAACUCAAAAUAACUAAUUUAAUCGGACAAUUGUGUUAUCCGUUCGAUUACCUCAAUUAAGAGGAUUUUUUUAAAGGUAUGCAAUCAAUGAUAAAUUGACGCUCUUUAAUCAAAAAAGAUAACUAAACAUUAACAAGUUUUGAUUUUAAUCAAAAGCAAGUUUAUAUACAAUUACUCUUAAGAUUUUGACAAGAAUAAUGCAGGAAUAUAAACACACUUGAAUUGAAUCGAAAACAGAUCUAUAUUCGACUACUCUUUGGCAAGAGAAAGACAAAAAGAUAUAAGAUAACUUGAAUUUAACCAAAAGUGAGCUUAUAUGCAAAUAAGUCUUCAAACUUGCAAAAUGCUAAACUAACUAAAUUACUCUAAGUCCUAAACUAUGAUAGAUCUCUGAGCAAUCAUUUUUGUAUCAAUUGUCAGAUGAUGAAUUUUGUCAGGGGGCCUCCCUCUUUAAUUGCUUCUUCUAUUUAUAGACAAUGGGUUUGUUUUUAACCUGCAUUCUUCAUGUUUUCUUUUGAUGCCCACGUACUCAUUCAAAUUUGAUUCGAAACAUCCUUCAUUCCCUCCAAAAACGGUUGCAAAGGGUUUCGAACGGUUGUUUGACUUGGUCUUUUUAGAAAACUCUUCUACUUCCACGUUCAUUGAUGUUGAUUGUGGUUAACUUCUGGAUAAUGGGUUUCUGUUUUGAGAGCUGCUAAUGGUACAACAAACUAAUGAUUGUACUGGAAACACUACACCGUGCGGUGUUGUAAUAUACCGCACGAUGUAGUGGGAUCUGACGUACGGUGUUAUGAUGUUUAUCAUUCAUUUAUUUUAUUUAUCUUGAUCAUAUCUAUCUAUUGUUGGCUACGCUAAUGUUACUGAGAAAUCGUUGCAGGUGCAUUUCAGAAUGAAGCUUCAUCUAAAAAUCAUGUCUUUUAUUUUCUAAAAGAGGUUUUUAUGAUCAUUUUCAAUAAUCAAGUGCAUCAAAAAG